UGCAGCUUAUUUGCAUGAGGGGAAAACACUCACACAAACUCGACAUGCAAAGGAGCUUCUUUGCAUUCCCUUGAAAGAUGCAAAGUCCUUCGUCCUGUCAGCUGAAACUCUUAAAAACGGACCCUGAUCGAUAUUUUAAGCCCAUAUUCGUCAGCAGACCAGCUGGAACUGAGGCGUGAGGAUGUUUUGGUUGCUCUCCCUCUGCUGGCUGAAGCUGCACUUGGCUGCUGGAGAACUAGACUAUACCUCUCAUGGAGAAGGGAUGCAGCUGGAGGGCGACUAUUCCUUCGCUGGACUGUUUCCUCUUCACUACACCGGGGGUCCGACUGACGGCCUGCCUGCAUUGGUUCCAUGUGAUCAAGGCAGACCCAACAAACAUGCAUUUCAUUUGAUGCAAGCCAUGAGAUUUGCUGUGGAGGAAAUCAACAAUGACACGGGUCCGCAGCCUCUUUUACCAGGAGUGAAGCUGGGCUACCAGAUAUACGACAUCUGCUCUGGCCCGGCCAGUGUCUUGGCCACACUGGACCUGCUGGAACAGCAGCAACCACACUCCAGCAGCCCUCAGAAAGCAGUGGGUGUGAUUGGGCCGGACAGCAGCAGUAAGAGUUUUACCACCGCUUCGUUACUGGGGGCCUAUCUGGUUCCAGAGAUCUCUUAUGAGGCAUCAAAUGAAAUGCUGAGCAACACGCUGCUCUAUCCGUCUUUCUUCCGCACCAUUCCCAGUGACAAGAACCAGGUGGCGGCCAUGAUCCAGCUCCUGGUUCAGUUCAACUGGACGUGGAUCGCCCUCCUGGGUAGUGACAAUGACUAUGGCCUGCAGGGCAUGCAGAGCUUGUUGGAACAAGCGCCACAGCACGACAUCUGCAUCCCCUACCAGGGGAUCAUCCCCUCAGCCACUGCUGACACGGUUCAGACCAUGAGGAACAUGGUGGAGAACAUCCUGAAAACCAAGGUGAACACCAUCGUGGUGUUCUCCAGCAAGACAAUCUUCCACGACUUCCUCCCAUUUGUCCUGGAGAGAAACGUCACAGAUAAGGUGUGGAUCGGGACGGAGGACUGGUCGCCAUCGACUCUCAUUUCGCAGAUCCCCGGGAUCCAAACCAUCGGCACCGUGAUCGGAGUGGCCAUCAAAGACGCAGCCAUCUUUGGGUUUAAGGAUUUUGAGAGGAGGGUCGUUGAGGCUGCAGUGCAACACGUCAGCAGCUCUAACGUUUCCGCCAGCAGUAGCAACGACUGUCUGCAGAGCACAGACUUGUACAGCCUGGCCGUCAAUAACUUCACCACUGACACGUACGACACCACCUCUUCCUUCAACGUUUACAAGGCUGUGUACGCUCUGGCUCAUGCUCUGCAUGAAGCCCUUGGUUGUGAUGUUGGAGAGUGCAGCAAGAGAACUGUGAAUCCAUACGAGCUCCUGCCGUUGCUCCAAAAGGUUCGAUUUUCUCUCUACAACACCUCCGUGUACUUUGACAUAAAUGGCGACCCACUUACAGGGUAUGAUAUUGUGUCUUGGAUUUGGAGGGGGACCCAGUGGUCUCUCCGAGUGGUGGGCUCCUUCACUCCGGACCCCAUCUCCCUCACGAUGGAUCCUGAUCUGAUUGAGUGGCAAAGCACAGAAAACUCACAAUCAGAGGUACCCCAGUCCCUCUGCUCUCUGCCCUGCCCCGAGGGUCACAUGAUGCUGCUGACGGGCCAGCAUGCAUGCUGCUUCGACUGUCAGCCCUGUCCUUCUGCCACGUUCUUCAACAAAAGCGAACCGACAGAAUGCCAGCCGUGCCCCCCGGAUCAGUGGGCCCCCCCGACCAGUGAAGCGUGUCUGAACAGGACUGUGCUGCUGCUGGAAUGGGACAACCCCCUCUCCAUUGCCCUGCUCUUCUUCCUCUCCUGCUGCCUCCUCCUGACCUCCAGCACCGCCAUCAUCCUGCUGCUCCACCUGAACACACCUGUGGCCAAGUCAGCCGGUGGCCGCACCUGCCUCCUGAUGCUGGCCGCCCUGACCGUCGCCGCCCUGAGCACCCUGUGCCACUUCAGCCGCCCGACUCCGGUGGGCUGCAUCCUCAAGCAGUCUCUGUUCACCGUCAGCUUCUCCGUCUGCCUGGCCUGCAUCGCCGUGCGUGCCCUCCAGGUGGUCUGCAUUUUCAAGUUUUCCUCCAAGCUGCCGCCGGCUUAUGACAGGUGGAUGAAAAGACGCGGUCCCGAGGUCACCAUCUUUUCGGUGUCCGCCGCCAUCCUGCUCAUUUCUGUCAUCCGUCUGUCCCUGGACACCCCUCGGCCGGCCCAGGAUCUGCAGUUCUACCCAGAUAAAAUAGUGCUGGAGUGCAGCAAGACCCUCUCGGUGGGCUCGGGCGUCGAACUCGCCUCCGUGUCUCUGCUCAGUGUCCUCUGCUUCUCUUUCAGCUACAUGGGCAAAGACCUGCCGGCCAACUACAACGAAGCCAAGUGUGUGACGUUCAGCCUGCUGGUGUACAUGAUCUCCUGGAUCAGCUUCUUCACCCUCUACCUCAUCAGCAGAGAAACCAUCACCAUGGCUGCGCAGGUGUUCGCCACGCUCUUCAGCGUUCUGGCCUUCCUUGCGGGAUACUUCCUGCCCAAAAUGUUCAUAAUUAUCCUGAGGCCUCAGAUGAACACCACGGCUCAUUUCCAGAACUGUAUUCAGAUGUACACCAUGAACAGAGAGUGACACGUUCACAUGGGGGGUGGGCUUUGAUUGAACUUUUCAUUGUAUCCUGCCUGUAAACUGUUAAA